UCCACAGCCUUGUGGGAAACGAGCCAACAGUUUGUAUUUUGUUUGUAGUUUCGUGCAGUGCAGGAGAACUGGGUUGCUGAUUAAUUUCAUGCCAGAAAAAUGUUGUGUUCCUGGUUGCAACAGCAACUACAAAUCCAGCAAGGAAGAGGGUUACAUCUCAGUGUUCAGAUUCCCUACUGAAGAGGAAAACAGAAAACGGUGGUCAAGAAAUAUCCCCAGAAAGGACUGGACUCCAUCAAAUAGAAGUGUCGUUUGCAUUAAACAUUUUGAAGAAUGUGAUGUAUCAAGAGUGGAGAUUUACAAGGACUCUGAUGGGAACUGUCACGAGUUUCCUCGUCAAAGGCCAUUGCUUUUACCAGAAGCUGUGCCAAAAAUAUUCCCUGGGUUACCAUCGUAUUUAAAUAAGGUGCAGCCUCCAAGAAGGUGUGACCCAGAAAUAAGAAGGAAGCGUGCACGCCAUGAAGAGGAGGAGAAGAAUGAAGCCAUGCUAAAUGAGGACAUUAUUGCAAAUUUUCAAUGUUUGUGUGCUGAGUACCAGGAUAGAAUAAACAGUGUAGGAAAGUGGAGUGUUAGUGUUAAAGAGAAUAAGAUAUUCUUUUAUACUAUAGAUUUUUCUGAAGACAUUCCUCAGGUCAAAGCGAGUAUGGAAAUUAAUGACAAACUCAUUUCAAGUGUGUGUGUGAAUGGUUUCAUUCUGUCACAUGAGCAGCUCAGCUGGAUUUUACCUUCCUCACUAAGAGUAACCAAAUUGAAAAUAUUUUGAGUAGAGUUAUCAACUGUGAUAGCUACACACCCACCUUUAGUUCUCUUUUAAAUGAAUUAAAGAAUAUUGUAAAGAAACUUACUCUGCAUUCAGAAGCUAAUCCAAAUUGCUGUGCCACACUCUUGUUUCUGUUGGAACAGAUAGAUUUGUUGGCAAUGAAUAAGCGGACAUAUUCGGUUGAUAUGAUGAUGCAUGCAUUUAUCAUCUACAACCAAUCUCCAGCAUGCUAUGCAGCACUCCGGUCAAGUGGAUUGCUUACCUUACCACAUGUGAAACACAUUCAGCAGCUUUCAUCUUCACUGAAGAUUUGUCCAACCAAUAAAUCACAAAAUGCCCAUUUUCUUGAAAUUGUUGUGGAUAAAUUAGAUGAGAGAGAAAAAUUUGUAAUUCUGCAAGGGGAUGAAAUUUAUGUUAGCCAUGUAUUCAGUUUAAAGGGGGGAAACUCCAUGGAUAUGCAGAAAAUAAUGCCCCAUCUGAGGCAAGAACUGUGCUUGCCUUUCUCACAUCAUCUUUAUAUGGCAGUUUCAAAGAAGUUGUUCAUUUGGUUCCUGUCAAACAGUUGUCAGGCUCAGAUCUCCAUAAAUUAACACUUAAUGUGUUGCAGUUUCUUUCCUCAUGUUGUCUGACUGUUGUUAUUAUACCUGAUAACAACAGAAUUGAUAGGAAUAUGUUUUCACUGUUGGUAAAAAAUUCCAGCAGCCCAUAUUCCUUUCUGUCAUGUGGUUCCCCUGUAUUUGUAAUGUUUGACACAGUUCAUUUGUUAAAAAGUAUUAGGAACAACUGGUUGAACCAGAGGGACAGUGACAGAACAUUUAAAUUUCCCCAUUUUGACUCAACAUCCAAUGAUCUGCUAAUGGCAAAAUUUUCAGAUAUUGAGAACCUAUACAAAAAGGAACUCGACCAGCUUUUGAAAUUAGCUCCUCGGUUGACUCACAAGUCAGUGUAUCCCAGUAGCUUAGAAAGACAAAAUGUCAGUCUUGUCUGCAAUAUUUUUAAUGAGACAACACUUGCAGGCUUAAAAGCUGAAUAUUGUGAAAUUUCAGGAACUGUACACUUUGUUGAAAUCAUUCUCCAUUGGUGGAAUAUUAUUAAUGUUAAGAACUGUACAAAGGGAAUUCACAAACAAAAUGAAUUGUGUCUGCCUUUCACUAGUGCUUCUGAUGACAGGCUUGAAUUUCUUGACAAAUUUUUGGCUUGGUUAGAGAGAUGGAGGGCUUUGGACACUACCAGUUGUCUGACCACAGACACACAUCAGGCACUGUAUCAGAGUACUUCUGUUAUUUCAGAAGUUGUUGAAUAUUCUUUCAGUGGUGUAGGUGUGCACGGGAAAACUACAAACUGAUAAUUUGGAAUCAAGGUUUAGUAGGUAUCGUCAAUUAUCGGGUGGAAACUAUAACGUUCCUGUAACCCAGGUAUUUGAAUCUGAAAAGAAGUUGCGUAUAAUGAGUGUCUUGGGAAUAAAGUCUGCAAAAUAUGGCCCAGUAAAAUUUUCUCCAGAAAUAAUGAAUGACAUAAGCAUCUCAGAUGUAAUGUCUACAGAUGUUGACGUGAAUCCGUUUGUUAGUGUUUUGAACUACAUAGGCAAUGAAACUGUUGAUGUACACCAAUCUGUGCUUCUGUAUGUUUGUGGUUAUGCAGCACACAAAACAACACAAUUGCUCAGUUGUACAACAUGCACUGAUUUUGUUUUAGGCACACAUACCACAGAUAAAUAUUUCGAUAACCUUGUCCGAAGUGGAUUGACUGUGCCAUCAGAUAUUGUUGUGGAACUUGGCACUUUUGUAUAUACAGUUGUGCAGCUUUUAAUAUCUGAAGAGUAUGAAACAAAAUUCCUCACUUGUCAAAAUCAAAAGCAGUUACUACUCAAUCUGGUUGGCCAAAGAGUUAAAUCACAUGUUUCUCUGCAAAUAUUUGUAACAGAUUCAUGUCUCUGUGGAAGGCCACUUACUGAUAUCUACAAAAAGCUGGUUUCCAUUAUUUGUAACAUAUUGUUAAAUAAUUAUACCAAACUCCAAAAUGAUCAUUUAAUAUGUUCCAAGGAGGAGGGAGUUAAUAGAAAAUUAAAAACAUUACAUAACUUUUGACACAAAA